UGGCAACGGUGUAGAAGCCGUCAGACGUCGCGAGUGGACGGACCGCAAGGGGAACAAAGAUGGCUAUGGAUCUAUCGGCCAUUUUCUAAAGUGAGACAGACUAAAGUGUUUUCGGUGUUUUUCCGGUUGUAAUCGAGGAAAUCGUGGGAUUUUUCAGGAAAACCCGAUAACUCCCGCUGGUCACCAUGUUCGAUCCGAACGUCAUCACGACCACCACUCAACAAACCGCUCAGAUCCAGUACCAGCAACAACAACCCCAACAACAGCAGCAGCAGCAACAACAAAACGACAAAGACAAAAACAAUCAGGAACAAAAGCAGCAGGAAUUCACCCCGUUCUGUUACGCGACCAACGUCAACAUGAUCCAGAAAAUCGCGCCUCAAACCCAACAUUCCACCGUCAACAUGUCCCAGUUGACCGACGACAAGUGCUACAUUACACAACCGGCCUUUAGUUACAAUUACACCCUGGUAAGUAAUGUUAACCAGAAUCUACUCACUCAGAACGCCAUAUCGAACAUUACGUUUAAAUGUGACGUGUGCGGACUGAUGUUCGCCCAUCUCAGUUUGCUUAAUCACCACAAGAAGGUGCAUCACGGACAAACCGAUCAGCAACAAGCUCAACAACAGCAAAUUACCGUGCAGCUGAUGCCUACGCAAGUUCCACAAGCCCAACAGCCCACUCAAAUUCAAAUAGUGUCGGCAGAUCGGAUACGGUUUUCGUGCGAGGAGUGCGGCAUGACUUUCGCCACUCAAGGGGAACUGAAGACGCAUAAAAUACAAAACCAUCAACAAGGACAACAACAGGUCCAAGCUCAAUCCCAACAAACGACGCAACAAGUGACGGUCAACACGUUGAAGAUUAAAAAUUGUGAGACGUGCGGGGCACCUUUGCCGCAAGACACCAACAAAAAAAGGGCCGUCAUGAAGGUAAAAUGCGAGACUUGCCUCAGUGCCGAGGCGAUACAACCGCAGAUUUUCGUUGUGGCAGCUGCACCGGAACCGCAGAUCAAGUUCGAGGAAAGUACCGGCACCCAAACGCAAAAUCCCAACGCCACUUUAGGUACGCAAAACUCGAUCCCGAUCGGUCAAGUGAAAACCAUUCAUCAAACGACCAACAAUCAUCCGGUAAAGAAACGUGGUGUGGCGAGCGUCACUAAAUGCACCAAAUGUAACGGCAGCGGGAUCAUUUUCAUCGGCGGUACCAAGAAUCCGCAGACCAACGUGGACAAACCUUUCCAUUGUAAUAUUUGCAACGGAUCUUUUAGCAGAUACUCCUCCCUGUGGUCCCACAAAAGGCUACACUCGGGCGAAAAGAACUUCAAGUGCAACAUUUGCGGUUUGGCGUUCGCCAAGGCCGCUUAUUUGAAAAACCACUCUAGGAUACACACUGGGGAAAAACCUUAUCGGUGUAACGUGUGCGGCAUGCAGUUCUCCCAAUCGCCCCAUCUGAAGAACCACGAACGGAUACACUCGGGAGAGCGGCCGUACGUCUGCGAAGUUUGUGAUAAGUCGUUUGCGAGACAUUCGACGUUAUGGAACCACAGGAGGAUUCAUACGGGAGAAAAACCAUACAGAUGCGACAUUUGUAGUUCAUGUUUCAACCAGGCGACCCACUUAAAGAACCACCAAAAAGUCCACUCCGGAGAAAAGCCGUUUAAAUGUGAUAUCUGCUCGGUCGGGUUCUCGGACCGGUUUGCCUUAAAGAGGCAUAGAAACAUCCACGAAAAAUACGGUCGAACGAAACCGAUGAACCAAAUUAACGAGGAACAGACUAAUAACGGCAACGUGGAUUCGUCUACGGAUGCGGCGUUACAAGUACAUCCCGAAGAUAGCGAGGGUGAAGAGUUAUUAGAGGCAAAAAUCGAGGGCCAGUACGACGAAAGUGAGGAAAUCGAAGAGGAAAUGGAAGAUAUUUCCGAUCUACAGGUUCAAUUACAAUAAAACCCUUUAUAGCUGUAGAUAUUUAAUUAUUGUGUCUGUAGUGCACACCUUAAAUCGUCAGUUACUCACCCAUCAGUGUAAGUCUACCGUUUUUACAUAGGAAGAUCCUAAAAUUGAAAAUUAACCAUUGUAUGUGCCAAACAAGUGCGGCUAUUUGGUAAUACAUUCAUAGAGGGCCUAUUUUUUUUAAAACUUACACGUGCCAUUACAAUUCAAAAUCGAAACAUUGUUUUAAAUGUUCGGGUUAGGCCUUAAAAUUACUGACCAUUAUGUGAUGUUAAUAAUUUUUCCUUGUACAUAACUAUUAUAUUAAUUGAUUAAAGUUUUUCUUUUUUUGUAGUUGAUGGACUUUUUUUAGUUUUAGGAGAAUUUUGUAUGAAAAGAUAUGUAUAGUUAAAUAAUGAGAAUAGUAUCAAUUAAU